UGCUGUGGGAUAUUCAGGCUGAGUCGCCAGCUCUUGAUCCCUCCAUGAUCCUGCUGUGGCUGCUCUGUGCUGGGGUCACAGGCCAGGAGCCCUGCAGCUCCCCAGGUGACUUCCCUUCUCCUACAUUGUCCCUGAGCACCUCUUCAGCUCAGGUCGGGGACUCUGUCUUGGCUCAGUGUUCCCUUCGUCCCAACAGUUUAGCUGCUCUAGUUAUUUUCUGUCAGGAUGGCAAAGAAAUCUCCAGCCAAUUGACCACGCCAGGCCAGUCACUAUAUCAAUAUAAAAUCUCUGUGCGGAGCUCAGGCCAGUUUAGAUGUAUGUACCAGUACAGGAUCAACCAGAACCACGUGAACAAUUCCCGUCUGAGUCUUCCCCGGACCUUGAAUGUAACAGACAGAAGUGUUCAUUCUGGUGAUGCUGAUCACAGCAAUAGCGGCAGCUCUGAGAAAAAAUCAAUUCCUGAUGGAGGGCGAUUGGGACCGGAGGCCAUCUGGGGAAUUGCAGGGCUCUCUGUCCUGUGUCUGGCUCCACUGAUUUAUCUGCUGGUGAAGAAAGUGAACAGCUCCCAAACUGCAGCACUGAGAACACACCCACGGAGGAGCAGAUCCAGUAUGCUGCCAUCAGAGAGUUCGGCGCAGCCAGGCUUCCUCGGGUGCAGGAAAACAAGACUUCAACAUACGCCAUUGUAGGGAAAGUCCAUGGCAGUCCCAGCUAACGCUCCAGCUUCUGAAACCAUGGCUCAGCCUGCACCUGCUGCCUGCAUUGACUCUGAAAUGGUGGGCGGAGAAGAGGCCAGUGGCUCCUAAUGGGCUAGUCACUGAGUAGCCAUAGAACUUUGUUAAGUUUUAGGGAAAAUCUUUCUGUUCCGUGUCUUUGUUUGGAAUUUUCUAGACACUAGGGCAGAUAUCAGAGUGUUUAUUCCCAUUGUAAUAAAA